AUGAAUUGGCUGCGCCCAGAACUCGUCUCGAAUAGCCAUGCAGCGUUAGUCGCCGUUCGAUUACAGUCGUAUGUUUCUCUGGUCGGAGAUGCUGUUUUGGGUUGGAGGCCGAGCACCAAGCAAUCACCAAGGGAAAACCAAGCCUAUCCAGAGGCUCGGGCCGCGCGGGAUGUGGACUUGCUUCAUCAUGCCUUAUCUACCAACUCUCGCAAUGAAUUCAAAUCUAUGGGACACCUAAGGAGGUCGGGCCUGAAGAAGGGACCCCAGCAAGUAACACGUAAAAGCGCUUGGUAG